GAAUAGUUGAAUAACCAAUGGGAAGAUAAUUGCGAAGACGAGAAAACUUAAUCAUCCAAAUAUCAUCAAUCAAACUCCCAUAGAAAGAUAAUUACUAAUUAUACUUUUGCCUCGUUCGUUACUCUUAGUCAAUUAACCAGUUUAAUUGAAUAGAAUUACUUUGGGGUGAAGUGUUAGUGUAUCAUCACGAUGUCUUCAAGUUCAGGCUUCCUUUCAGCCUUGGAUUCCAUGAAAGUCAUGGCAGAAUCUAUUGGUAUUAACAAUCUCAGCGAUGACGCUUCACGUGUAUUGGCUGAAGAGGUUACUUUCCGUCUGAAAUUAAUUCUUCAAGAGGCAAAUAAAUUUCGCGGACAUUCAAAAAGAAAAAAGUUAAUUGGUCCUGAUAUCGACAAUGCUUUGAAGAUAAAAAAUAUCGAACCACUUUAUGGAUUUACGUCAAAUGAUCAUAUACCAUUCCGAUAUGCUUCUGGCGGUGGAAGAGAGCUCUUCUUUAUAGAUGAUAAAGAAGUUGAUCUAGGAGAGGUUAUUAGUUCUACAAUAUUACCAAAAUUGCCGCAAGAUUUGGCGUUGAAGGCUCAUUGGUUAAGCAUUGAUGGUAUACAACCGGCAAUACCAGAAAACCCACCGCCAGUUUCAAAAGAUAUCCAAAGGCAGGAAAGUAUUGAUCCGGCUUCUGCUUUGAAACAAAAUCCUGAGGAAUUGAAAACUGGUCAUAUUGAAUUGGAGAAGAGAAAGAAACAUGUCGAGAUGGUUAGGGUUAAACAAUAUGCAACCCAUGAAUUAAGUGUUGAACAACAAUUAUAUUAUAAAGAGAUUACCGAGGCUUGUGUUGGAAGUGAUGAAGGACGGAGGUCAGAGGCUCUUCAAAGUUUAACUUACGAUUCGGGUCUUCAUCAAAUGCUUCCAAGAUUGUGUACAUUUAUUUUAGAAGGAGUUAAAGUGAAUGUUGUUCAAAAUAAUCUUGCUCUUCUUAUUUACCUUAUGAGAAUGGUUAAAGCCCUUUUGGAUAAUCAAACACUUUACCUGGAAAAAUAUCUUCAUGAGCUCAUUCCAACAGUUAUCACCUGUAUAGUUUCAAAACAACUUUGCCUUCGACCAGAUUUAGAUAAUCAUUGGGCACUUAGAGAUUUUGCAUCAAGACUUUUAUCUCAAAUUUGCAAAAACUUUAACACCUCCACCAACAAUAUACAAACCAGAAUUACUCGUCUAUUGAGUCGUGCCUUGGAUAAUAUUCAACUUCCUCUCUCCUCUCAAUAUGGAGCUUUAUCAGGUCUCUGUGAACUUGGUCCAGAGGUUCAAAGAGCAUUCAUAUUGAAAAGAUUAAAGGUAAUCGGUGAAAGAAUCAGAACAAUAAUGGAAGGAGGUGGAAGUCCAGUUGAAAAAUCCGCUGCUGAACAUAUCAAAAAUCUAAUUCUUAGAGUUUUACCUGCAACCAUCAAGGCUUCGAGACCACCGCCCGACAUUUUGGAAGAUUAUCGAUCAGAAUUUGGUUUUCUAGGUUCUCAUCUGCAUUCAGCUGUUGUUCGAUCUCGUAAUGCCGCUAAUCCAGUCACUCCUCAAACAAGUAAUCAAAGUUUAGGAGCUUCUCAUGCCACUUUAAUAGCACAACCACCUCAUCCACCCGGACCGAGAAAUCCCGCUGCCAUAACAUCAAUUCCCAGAAACAUUCAAAUUCCUCGAGCAGGAUAUAAAGUUGUCAGACUGUUGGCACCGAACCAAAACACACCACAAGCCGUCCUUCGAAAUCCAACAAACAACAAUAAUAAUAUUCCAUAUAUUCAAUAAGAUUGAGGAAUCAUCAUCACCAUUAACCAACCAAAUCAUUGCUUUUUCUUCAUCUUUUCAUUAAUCAACUGAAUUUCAUCUCAUCUGUAAAUUGGUCUAAAAGAUACUUUUUUUUUCAAUGGCCAUCACAUCAUUAAAUCAUUAUCUCAAUAGAGGCUCAAUUUCACCAUUUCUCAAAUCAAAUUAUCAUUGUAAUAUUUUCACAACAUCUUAAAAAUGAAAUCAUUGCACCCGGAUUAAUGUUCAAUAGUCAAUAUAUUAGCCAUGUAUAUACAAAAUCUUAUACAAAAAAAAUUACAAAUACAAAAUUUUCACCAUA